AUGAUAAGCACUGUGCCUCAUCAUAUUUUGGUCCAAAGCACAGCAAGCAAGAUCGUUCCGAUGGUCAAUUUGGAAUCGUUGAUGACUGUAAACAUAUGCCAAGUGCUGUCCUACAGAUCUUUCUCUAUCAGUUACUUGCUUGUUGGUACACGCGAUGGACUACUAAGGGAUAAAUGGCACGACGAGCCACACAAGUCAAUACUGUCACACCGAGUGCGCAGAGCUCCACGUGCUGUGGAAUUUGCCGAUCCCAUAGAGCAGUCAUUUUCUCCGAGUGCGAGUAGCAAUGGCGAGACGACUGCUAGCUGGAGCACAGAAGGAGUGCAAAUUAUCGAGGAAGAUAUACCAAUGGUCAGCGCUGGAUAUCGCACACCGGAUGAAGAGGUGAUUCAUGCGUAUGUUGUGGAACUGACCAUUGGAAAUCUGCACGUGAGUGAAAUGUCUGUAUUGCUGGACGCAUCAUACGACCGACAAAAAGUCUACGUGGAGUGGAAAUUUUUGGAUUUUCCUCUUGAUGAAUGUGAAACAUCUGGGCGACUGCUGCCGCUACCUCGUGAUCCUCGUUCGGUGGCCGAAUUCAAUUUUCAAAAAUCUUAUACUUUGAGUGAAAGACAGUAUCAGCUGCUCCGACAGUGGAUCGAGCUCGGUAAUAGGUAG